AUGUCCUCGUCCUCUUCCUCUUCCACUGCCUCGAAGAAAUACAAGAUCAAUGUACCAUGUACAUCGGCCAACAUCGGACCUGGAUUUGAUGUGUGUGGAAUCGCGUUGUCCAAAUCACUCUCUUUAAUCGUCACCAUCCCUCUUCAACAACCUGCAGAAACGACAUUACCUAAAAUUAUAUAUACUGGACUGGAUUCAGAUAAUGUUCCUUUAUCGCCCUACAGAAACCUUUUGACACGAGUGGCCUUAUACGUGUUGCGUUCACAUGACAUCACAAGUUUCCCCAGUGGAGUUUUGAUAGAAGCUCAUAAUGAAAUUCCAUUCGGAAGGGGACUAGGCUCAUCUGGAGCAGCUGUGAUAGCAGGUGUAUUAUUAGGUGACUUGUUAGGAAAUUUGAAUCUACCUAAAUCAAGAUUAUUAGAUUUCGCUUUAAUGGUAGAAAGACAUCCCGAUAAUGUUACUGCUGCAUUAGAAGGUGGAUUUGUUGGAAGUUAUCUAAGAGAAUUAUCACCCGAAGAUAUGUCAGCUGCUUCGAUACCUUUAGCUGAAGUACUUCCUGAAUACCCACCUGAUGCUGGUCCCGAUUGGGGCAAAGACCCGCCUUUACCUCCUAAAGGUAUCGGUCACUUUGUGAAAUUUGGCUGGGCGAAAGAAAUUAAAGCCAUCGCAGUCAGUCCAAGAUUCGAAUUAGCGACGGCUAAAGCUAGAGGUGUCUUACCAGAAUCUUAUUCAAGAAAGGAUAUGAUAUUCAACCUUCAAAGACUAGCAGUCCUUACUACAGCACUUGCUAGAUCACCUCCAGAUCCUGAUCUCAUUUACGAUGCAAUGGGAGAUAGGGUACACCAACCGUAUCGAAUGACGCUGAUUCCUGGUCUGCCAAAAAUCCUCACUACACUUACUCCAACCUCCCACCCUGGUUUGCUUGGAAUCUGUCUAUCAGGAGCAGGUCCAACAAUCCUGGCUCUCGCUACACACAAUUUCGAAUCCAUAGCUGCCGAAAUAGAAAAUAUAUUCAAGAGUGAAGGCGUGGAAGUAGAUUGGAGUUUGUUGGAAGUGGAUGAGAGAGGAAGUACAGUGGAAGAGACUCAAUAG